CCAGUGCAGGAUCCCAGCGGAAACCAGAGCUGGGAGGGCUCUUCCUGCCCGGGGGAGGCUUCCCAGGAGUGUGAGGGAUUUACAAUCGCCACCUCUCUGUCCCCUGCAGUGUCACACUGAAGGCCAUGUGCAGUGACAAGCUGCAGACAGCUUUGCUGGUGGCUGGCUACUUUGUCUACCUGCUGGUGGGUGCUGCUGUGUUCCAGGCUCUGGAGAGGACUGCUGAGAAGCAGGAGAAAAUGGCAGCUGCCCAAAUGAAGGAGGCUUUUCUGCAGAACUUCACACAGCUCACGGUGCCGGAGAUGGAGCAGUUCAUGAAGAACCUGAUUGAAGCCAUUCAGAAUGGAGUAUACCCUGUUGGAAAUGAGUCACAGUUUGAAGAGAGCAACUGGGAUUUCAGCAACUCCUUCUUCUUUGCAGGCACAGUUGUCUCCACAAUAGGCUAUGGCACAUUACAUCCUAAAACUGCUGGGGGACAGAUCUUUUGUGUGUUUUUUGCCCUUUUUGGAAUCCCUCUGAACAUUGUUUUUCUGCACCGUGUUGGUAAGAUGCUCUCACUGCUCUGUAAAAAGCUGGGGAAAUUCCUGUAUGAGAAAGGAAUGAGAAAGAAGAAGAUCAAAUUUCUGACCCUUUUGUUCUUCCUGGCCACGGGGAUCCUGGUUUUUCUGUGCUUGCCAUCAGUCUUCUUCCAGAUAACAGAGGGCUGGUCCUACAGUGAAGGAAUUUACUUUGCAUUCAUCACCCUCAGCACCAUUGGCUUUGGAGAUUAUGUAGUAGGCAAACAGUCUGACAGGAAAUACUUUUCCUACUAUCGAGUGCUUGUGGCCAUUUGGAUUCUUUUUGGCCUUGCCUGGAUUGCUCUGCUGUUUAAUUUAUUGACAACAGUACUAGAAGAUACUGAAAAAAUAAUUGUCAAGGAUCUCCAGCAAAUUGGAAAGCCUUCAAGCUGGUGAUGGGAUGAAGAAUGGAUGCAGCAGAGUCCCAGAAAUGCAUGGGCAGCUCCUGGAGAACAUGGCCCAGCAAAAAGGCCAAAGUGCUUAAAGGCUGAGUGUGAUAACAACAGUGGUAGCACAAUUGGGUGAUGCCAAAUAGCCAAAAAUCACCAGGGGGAAGCAAAAAGGAGGAAUUUCCAGUAGUGGUUGUAAAAGUCCAUUCCUUGCCUGCAGCAGGUCUCUGAGCAAAAGCCUCAACAGAAGCUGCCCACGCUUUUUGCUCAAACUUGGGUCAUUUUUAGGGCUGGGGUUUGGUAACAACACUUCCCAGUCUUCAUCUCACAGGUCUCUGCAGGGGCUCAGCCUGCCCUUGGCAAACCAAACCAGUGAAGGGGGAAAACACCCUCUAGGGAUGUCAAGGGAGAAGCAGGACUUUGGUGCAUGAAAUGUGCAAUCUGGCACUGGAAGUGUGGGCAGUGCUCAGCCACAGGAGUGGGAAGGGCUUUGGUGUGGCAGCCAGGUGCCUUCCAGCUGCUCUCUGGGAAGUUAAAACAUGACAGGAAUUCCCAUACAGACCCCUGCUUUGGCACAUGGUGUUCUCAGUGGAUAUGGUUCAAGGACAAAACCAGAUAAUUCAAACUCAUGCUAAAACCCCCAAAGCCCACAUUUACUUCACACAGGCCAAAAAGCAGAACUGUGAGUUACAGAAAUGAGAAAUGCUGCCACUCCCCCACCCAGGCCAUUUGUAUGUGUGGUGACAGCAGGGUGAGGAGAGGUGGCAUAAAGAAGGACAGACAGAGCACUCUCCCCUGUGGGAUUAUGGAGAGUGGGGAUUUUUUGGGAUCAGCCUACAUGAUAGGCAAACCCCCUUUAUGCACAGGUGUCCAUCAGCUGAGACAAAAAGUGCAUUGUGGCUGUAGAGGGGCUUUUAAAAGGACAUGGAGGGACAGGAGAAGGGGAAAUGGGCUUCAAACUGACAGAAGGCAGGGUUAGGUUAGAUAUUAGAAAGAAAUUUUUUCUUGAUAGGGUGUUGAGGUCCUGGCACAGUUGCCCUGAGGAGCUGUGAGUGCCCCAUCCCAGCCCUUUUCCAGGCCAAGCUGGAGCUUGGAGCA